AGGAGGGUUUUGUGGAGAUCAGAAAAACGACAGCGCGAUAAAAAUUAGUAUUGUUGCACUUCACAAAUUAAUGACCAUGAGUUCCUACUUGAUAAACUCCAACUAUAUCGAGCCUUCCUUUCCUCCAUGCGACGAAUAUCAGCAGAGCGGAUACAUCCCCAACCCUGGCGACUACUACGAGCGGCCAAAAGAUACGGGCUUCCCCCAUCACGACGAGCCAUCCUAUCCGAGGUCAAACUAUACAGAAUCGGGCUACGAUUACGGUAACGUUCCCGCCGCCGGACUAGAUGAUUUCGGCGAUGGACACCACGCACAGCCGCAACCGGUUCCACAGAGCCACGGUCCUCGCCUCACCGCGGCCCCAGACGGUGGCGCAGGGGCAAAUGCCAGCAAAGACUGCAGCCUCGCCAGUGAGGUAUAUCCCGGCGUAGCGAAGGGCAAGGAGCCGGUGGUCUAUCCUUGGAUGAAAAAGGUCCACGUUAGCACCGUCAAUGCCAGUUACACAGGAGGAGUGCCCAAGAGGUCCCGCACUGCCUACACCCGCCAGCAGGCUCUGGAGCUGGAGAAGGAGUUCCACUUCAACCGGUACCUGACUCGGCGCAGGCGGGUGGAGAUUGCGCACACCAUGUGCCUGUCCGAGCGCCAGGUCAAGAUCUGGUUUCAGAACCGGAGGAUGAAGUGGAAGAAGGAGCACAAGCUUCCCAACACCAAGAUCCGCUCCUCCAGCUCGGCCUCAGCCUCGGGGGCCCAGCAGCAGCAGCAGAUCAAAACAGGCCAGCAGCUUGUCCCCACGCCGUGCACCGCAGGUCUAUAGUGCUUGAAUGAACCCCACCCCACAAAAACCCAAUCCAGACUGAGAUGGCAAAUAACACAAGUGGAGUUUGAUGGACCGAUUCUCAGUAUUUUACACAUGGUGUUCUCUCUUUCCCCUUGCCUCUGCCAUUGGGCCCCUGUCACGUCCUUUGUACCCUUUCCCUCUCCGCUCGCCCUCUUCAUAUAAGCUUGAAAAUCACCUUCAGUUUCCACGGUGGCAACUGAGGUGUUUAUAUAUUUGUUUAUUAUUAUGAAAGAAGGAUAACGCACAUUCAAAAAUAGGACUUGGAUCAAAAUGUAUCAUUGCAGUUAAAACUGAGAGAGGUAAAAGUAAGUUUGAACUCAUUUUUAUAUGUUCUCUUUGAUUUUAUUUUUUUAUUUUUUGGUUCCCUAUUACUCAUGGAAAGUUCUAAUAUACUUGAAAGAUAUUUAGCGAGACUCUAGAUGCCUGUUAGAAAACCGGACGGCUGUUUUAGAGGUAUGGCAUCAGUCAGAGUAACAGUGUAGUUUGUGUGUUUGAGUGGGUUGGUUUACUGUUGAAUGUAGUCCAGGUGACUUUCACAUGUAAUGUACAUAGGCAAAUCAUAAUGAAGGCACAAUAGGCAAAGAAUUUCGUCAAGUAGAAUUAUGUUGGUUGGUGUUGUAAGGUCUAGUUUUAUUUGUGCUAGUCCGUCCCAUAUUGUGCUGUGUUCUAAACUGUGAAUAUUUGUAUGUGUUGUCUCAGUAAAGACCGUUGUGAUGUAGACUAGCGUAGGCUCAAUCUGUCCUUGUGAAAUAAAUAUGUGCUUCACUUAUAAGGCUGGCUUGGCUUUGGAUAUUUUGUCCUUGCAAAUGCUGAUCAGAUUUGAGCGCAACAUGUAUUUUUGAAGCCGCGCGUAUUAGCACGCUAAAUGCAUAUAUGUGCCUCCCUUUAAAAAAUGAAAUCAAAUAAAAGAAUAGAAUUGGAAUUUGAGGAUUGCAUUUUCUAAACUACACAUUUGUUUUCGUGCUGUUUGUUUGCAUUUCAGUUCGUGGGCCUUUUAGAACUUUUAUUUUAAGCAUUUGAAUCAGUUAUCCAGUGUUUGGAGACGUGUGCGUAAAAUUGUUAUAGUCCGUCCCAGCGUCGGAUAAUUUACUGCG